UGUUGACCUUGGGCAGAGAAUCAAAAACCCUAAACAUAAAACCCCUUAAACGAAAACCAAAAUCUUCUUCUUCUUCUUCUUUUAUUUGUCGGUACAAUUGCAAUAUAAGCUCUGAAUUAACUCAAUAUGGCGGGUAAGAAUCUGAGAAAGAGGAAACCAUCUUCUCAGCAAAACAAGGACAACAAUAAGAAGCGGUUCUCCUCCAUUAGCCAUGACCCAUUUUUCCACAACAGCGAUUCAAAACGGCGGAAUAAAUUUGAUGACGAAGACAUUAAUAGCAGCGAUGAUGAAGGAGAGGAAUUUGAUUCCGAAGGGGAAAAAGAAGCAGUAGCGGUGGAGGAGGAUAAUGAAGAAGAGAUUACAGAGGAGACGCCUGCGGAGAAAAAGAAGCGAUUAGCUGAGGCAUUCUUGGACAGGAUGAGGGCGAGGGAGAAGAGAGAAGAAGAAGAUGAGGAGUUAGAGGAUGAAGGAGCGAGGAGAGAAAGAGAGGGGGAGAGGGAUUCGCUUAUUGCCAAAAUUUUGCAGCAGGAGCAGCUUGAGGAGAGCGGCCGGAUGCGCAGAGCCAUCGCUUCCAGGGUUCAAAAACCAGAAACAACGGAAGGAUUUCGAUUUUUAGUGAAACACAGGCAUCCAGUUACUGCAGUAGCUCUAUCAGAGGAUGAUACCAGAGGAUUUUCAGCUUCCAAGGAUGGUACCAUUUUUCAUUGGGAUGUCAAUAGUGGGAAGACUGAAAAGUAUUUGUGGCCUAGUGAUGAAGUGCUGAAAUCUCAUGGUGCCAAGGACCCGCAAGGUAGAGCUACAAAACACAGUAAGCAUGUUCUAGCAUUGGCUGUUAGUUCUGAUGGUCGAUAUUUGGCAAGUGGUGGACUAGAUCGGCAUGUUCAUUUGUGGGAUAUCCGUACUCGGCAGCAUGUUCAGGCGUUUCCAGGGCAUAAAGGACCUGUGUCAUGCUUAACAUUUAGGCAAGGAACUUCAGAACUUUUUUCUGGUUCAUUUGAUCGAUCUGUCAAAAUCUGGAAUGCAGAAGAUAGAACUUACAUAAAUACGUUAUUUGGUCACCAGAGUGAAGUUUUAACAAUUGACAGCUUGAGAAAAGAACGGGUAUUGACCGUUGGACGUGACCGGACCAUGCAUUUGUGGAAGGUACCAGAAGAAUCUCAGCUGGUAUUUCGAGCUCCUGCAUCAUCCCUGGAAUGCUGCUGCUUCAUUAGCAAUGAUGAAUUCUUAUCGGGUUCUGAUGAUGGAAGUAUUGAACAUUGGAACAUAUUACGUAAGAAGCCUGUCCAUAUUAUAAGAAAUGCACAUGCGUCGUUGACUCCGAUCAAUUUUGAACAAAGACAUAAUGGCUUAUCAAAUGGCCACAUAGAAAAUGAUGCCCAAGAUUCUGAAAAACCUUGUUCUACAGCUCUUUCCUGGGUCAGUUCAGUGGCUGUAUGUAGAAGCAGCGAUCUUGCUGCUUCUGGAGCCGGAAAUGGUUCUAUACGUCUUUGGAAGAUUGAGAGUGAAUCCAAAGGCAUUUGUCCUCUGUUUGAGCUCCCCCUGGUUGGAUUUGUGAACUCUUUAUCUUUUGCGAAAUCUGGAAGGUUCCUUAUUGCUGGUGUUGGGCAGGAGCCCCGAUUAGGAAGGUGGGAACGAAAUGCUGCUGCCAGAAAUGGAGUUGCAUUGCAUCGUUUGGAGCUUUCUUGAGACAGCAUGUGUUUCUUUUUUCCUUCCGCUAAUUAUCAAUUUUGACUAAAGUGACUCGAAAAGAAGUAAAGGUUCUUGAUUGGGGUCGAUUUUUUAUUUUUUGUAAAAGCUAUUUUACUGCACGAUCAACCCCAAGUGAAUUUUGUCUUAAUCAAUUUGCGUUAGCUCGCAGUUUGUAAAAACCUGGUAAAUGCAGGUUGAGGUUGGCUUGCUUUUUGCUGGUUCAGCUUGGCUCCUUUAUACGAAUGUUUUCUUCCCAUGUUUCAAUAUUCAAUGAUGAUCAAGGAACAGGCAUACAUUUGACA